GGGGCUCCCGCGGCAUCCAGGCCGACUGGCAGUGUGAGCCGGACGGCAUGGAGGGGACCCAGAGCGUCUCCUUGGUGCUGCUGCUUCCCCUGCUGCUGCCACCGGGCCCAGCUUGGCAUGCGGCUGCCCAACGCUGCCCACAGACGUGCGUUUGCGACAAUUCCAGGCGGCAUGUCGCCUGUCGGCACCAGAACCUCACUGAGGUGCCAAACGCCAUCCCUGAGCUGACUCAGCGGCUGGACCUCCAAGGCAACGUGCUGAAGGUGAUCCCCCCAGCCGCCUUCCAGGAGCUGCCUUACCUGACACAUCUGGACCUGCGGCACUGCCAGGUGGAGCUGGUGGCCGAGGGCGCCUUCCGCGGCCUGGGCCGCCUGCUCCUCCUCAACCUGGCCUCCAACCGCCUGAGCUCGCUGCCCCAGGAAGCCCUGGACGGGCUGGGCUCACUGCAGCGGCUGGAGCUGCAGGGGAAUAUGCUGGAGGAGCUGCGGCCGGGCACGUUCGGGGCACUGGGUGCGCUGGCCACCCUGAACCUGGCCCACAACGCCCUCGUCUACCUGCCCGCCAUGGCCUUCCAGGGGCUGACGCGCGCCCGCUGGCUGCAGCUGUCCCACAACGCGCUCAGCGUGCUGGCCCCCGAGGCCCUGGCCGGCCUGCCCGCCCUGCGCCGGCUCAGCCUGCACCACAACGAGCUGCAGGCCCUGCCGGGGGCAGCCUUGGCCCAGGCCCGCGCCCUGGCCCGGCUCGAGCUGGGCCACAACCCCUUCACCUACGUGGGCGAGGAGGACGGGCUGGCGCUGCCGGGCCUCCGGGAGCUGACGCUGGACCACGGCGCCCUGCAGGCCCUGGAGCCCAGGGCCUUCGCCCGCUGCCCGCGCCUGCACACGCUGGACCUCCGUGGGAACCAGCUGGACACCCUGCCGCCCCUGCAGGGCCCCGGGCAGCUGCGCCGGCUGAGGCUGCAGGGGAACCCUCUGUGGUGCGGCUGCCAGGCCCGGCCGCUGCUCGAGUGGCUGGCGCGGGCGCGUGUGCGCGCGGACGGCGCGUGCAGGGGCCCCCGGCGCCUUCGAGGCGAGGCCCUGGACGCCCUGAGGCCCUCAGACCUGCGCUGCACCGGAGGCAGGGCGGAGGAGGAGGAGGAGGAGGAAGAGCUGCUGCUGGCGGCCGCGCGGCCCCGCGCCCCCGAGGGCGCCUCCAAGGGGGACGACGGGGCGGCCGAGCCCUGCCCGCGGGCCUGCGUGUGCGUCUCCGAGUCCCGGCACAGCGGCUGCGAGGGCCGCGGCCUGCAGGCCGUGCCCCGCGGCUUCCCCGGCGACACCCAGCUCCUGGACCUGAGGCGGAACCGCUUCCCCGUGCUGCCCCGGGCGGCCUUCCCGGGCCUGGGCCGCCUGGUGUCGCUGCACCUGCAGCACUGCGGCAUCACGGAGCUGGAGGCGGGCGCCCUGGCGGGGCUGGGCAGCCUGAUCUACCUCUACCUCUCUGACAACCGGCUCUCGGGCCUCAGCGCUGCUGCCUUCGAGGGGGCCCCCCGCCUCGGCUACCUGUACCUGGAGCGCAACCGCUUCGGGCGAGUGCCGGGGGCCGCCCUGCGCGCCGUGCCCGGCCUCGUUUCCCUGCACCUGCAGAGCAACGCCGUGGACCGCCUGGAACCCGGGGACCUGGCAGGCACGCAGGCCUUGCGCUGGCUCUACCUGAGCAGCAACCGCAUCGCCCAAGUGGCCCCCGGGGCAGUGGGCCCGGCUGGAGAGCUGGAGAAGCUGCACCUUGACAGGAACCAACUGCGAGAGGUGCCCACUGGGGCCUUGGAGGGGCUGCCUGCCCUCCUGGAGCUGCAGCUCUCGGGGAACCCUCUCGAAGCUCUGCCGGAUGGGGCUUUCCGGUCUGUGGGCCAGUCACUGCGGCACCUCUUCCUGAACAGCAGUGGCCUGGAGCAGAUUUCUCCCAGGGCCUUCUCGGGCCUGGGACCCCGGCUCCAGAGCCUGUACCUACAGAAGAACCAGCUGCGGGCCGUGCCUGCCCUGCCCCAUCUCAGCCAGCUGGAGCUCAUUGACCUCAGCGGCAACCCCUUCCACUGCGACUGCCAGCUGCUCCCGCUGCACAGGUGGCUCACUGGGCUGAACCUGCGUGUGGGGGCCACGUGUGCCAGCCCUCCCAGUGCCCAUGGCCAGAGGGUGAAGGCUGCGACGACUGUUUUUGAAACCUGCCCAGGCUGGGCUGCCGGGAAGGCCAAGCGGACGCUGGCCGCCAGGCCCAGUGCCAGGAGCAGCCCCGGGAAGGGGAGACGGUGGAGAGCAGACAAGGUGGGGAAGGAGAAGGGCCGCCUCUGAGCACUGGCGCAGGCCGGCCCUGCCUUGAUCCCGCCCGGGAGGCUCUUACUCUCUUCAG